ACAUUCAUAAAUAAUUGAUGCAUACAUUUUUUACAGUACUGGUGAAAUAAAUAAAAACAAUGGACGUCAAACUUGUAUUUUUGUGCGUUGUUUGUGUCGCACUUGUUGCUGGGAAUACUAUUAACAGAGAUCACAUAAGGAAGACCAUUCAUGAAAAUUUGAUGAAAAGAAUGCAUGGUGGAGGUCAAGGCGGAGGUCAAGGUGGAAAUCAAGGUCAGGGGCAGGAUCAAGAUCGUGAACCAAAUAUUUUCCGAAAAGGAAAAAUGGCCAUUAGAAGACUGGAAGAUAUUGUGGACAUAAUAACCAGAUAUAUUGACUUAAUCGUCAGCCUUGGGGAAGAAGUAUCUGAUGAAGAACAAGCGAUGUUUCUUAUGUCCUUGUCGGAAUUCAUCGAAGAUGCUGAAAACUUAGGAGAACUUCUAGAAUCGCUUGAAGAAUUCUUCGAACAAGCAGGUGAAUCAGAUGCAACGACCGAAGAUACUACAGAAGCUCCUCCAACGACAGAGGCAGAAGAUACAACUGCAGCAAAUGCUGGAACAACAGCUGCAGGGCCUGCAACAGAUUCUGGAACAACAGAAGCAGAGGAUACCACUGCAGCAAAUCCUAAUACAGCAGCAGCAGGGGGUACCACGGCAGCAGCAGGGGGUACCACGGCAGCGGCAGGGGGUACCACGGCAGCAGAUGCUGGAACAACCGCUGCUGCACCAGGAGGACGUAGAUUUAUUUUAAGAAAGACUCUGUUGAGAGCAUUGCUGAAUAAACUCCGUGAAAAAAGUCACAAGUAGAAGAUACGGUAUAAGCGGCGGGCAUUCUCCGAGCAGAACAUCCAAGGAAUUAUAUAUGAAUAGCAAGACAGGAUAAAAGAAUUAAAUUCUUUGUUUAAAGAAUAAAUAUUUUGCUAUAAUUGCUAAAUACAUACUAGUAGAUUUUUGAUCUUUAAGAAAUUAUUCAAUGAUCAUUGAAAAUUGUCACGAAACCAGUUUAGUAAUCGCAUUUAAUACUUUCAAAUUGAAAACAUUGCUGCACAUUAUAUAAAUAUCAAUAUUUUAAUCUCAUUCCUAAAUAAAAGAAUUAUAUUUCACAUUUAAUUUCUGAAACUAAUUUAUAUAUUUGAAAGAAUUUACUCAAAUGGAUAUAAAGUUUUUUUCUAAUUUUACAUGGAGGUUGAAACGUAGCUUUAAUAUAACUUGUGUGUUAUUAAUACGCCAUUUAAAAGACAUAAAUUGGCAUGUUUUAUUUAUUUUUUGUUUUCAAAAUUAAUUGUUUAAGAAACAUCGGUAAAAUCCUAAAUAAGCUAGAUUAUAAUUCUCUUUUCAAACAAAAUUCAAUCUGAGUUAAUAAUGCUUUUGAUUUAGACACACUUUAUUUUAUAAAAAAUGUAAUUCUUUUUCACCUGAAUUUUAUAAAAUUUGUUAUUCUCUUUCAUUUUCUAUGUAGAUAUGUUUUCCUGUCCUAUGAUAUUAAUCAGAGUUUAAUUUUAAAUAAAAACAUCUAAAAGUUACAAAAAUAGUUUCGUUGUUUUAUGUUAUAAUUUCAUUAUUUUGUUUAUUAUCUUAUUUACUAGUUCUUUUUGCAUGUUUACGGUUUGGUAAGCGCAAUACUAAAAUCACUUUGGUUAUAUUAUACAGAUAAUACAAAUCAGAAUAUAAAAUAAAACGUAUAUAAUCAUU